AUGGGCUGUAUGGGCUGUAUGGGCCAUGGUGUGACGGCAUUCUGGGCGGGCGGACAAAAUGUUCAAGAGAUCGGCCGUUGAGAUAGAAGCGCCACAAAUCCGGACGUACUUCGACUACACUUCAGAAAAGUCUACCCGCAAAGCGGUGGACGACUUGGAUAGGUUUCUGCAGACCGAUGGCCCAUAUGAUGGAGUUAUCGCUUUUAGCCAGGCCGCCUCCCUUGUGGGCACCUGGAUGCUGCGCCAAGUAAAAAAAGAAAAAUACAACCACCCUGGUUUCAAGUGCGCCAUUUUCCUGUCCGCUGCUCUUCUCCCGUAUGACUUUGAGCAGCUAGAGGAGGGUCGCCUCCAGCUAGUGACGACUGCAGAGGUUGGUGAAGCCAUUAGCAUCCCGACAGCGCACGUGUGGGGGGAAGAGGAUCGAUUUUCCGAUGCAGCGAAGGACUUUACCAAUUUGUGUAAGUCAGACGUCAAAUCUGUAUUCAUCCAUAAGGGAGGACACGAAGUCCCAGGAGCUAGCUCCAAAGAGGCUGUAUCGCGUGCUGUCAACAUUAUCCGCCGAGCGAUUCAGCUCUCGGAGGCGGCCCAUUAAAGGGGACAGACAAUAUUGAAGGUUUCUAGUUUCUAGUGAAAAAAAAAAAAACUAGAAUUCGGA